GUUUCCUUUCUUCAUGGCUGUAUCACUGUGCAUGUUGGCCUGAACUUUGGCGGUUCCAUUUUUCCGGUGGUCUUCUAAGCACUUCUAUGUAUUUUGGUGUUCAGUGCAACUCGGUGCACGUGUUCACAUUCUUGGAUAAAGAAAAUAAUUUGAGAAAGCGAUUGAACGUGUGUUUGUAACUCGUUAUGGGUAAACCAGCAUUUUCGCCAGGAGGUAGAGGAGGAGGCCGUGGCGGUGGUCGUGGUGGUGGUCGUGGGGGUGGUAGAUCAAGUUUUGGAGAAAGUAGACCAAGCUUUAAGAGUGGAAGAGGUGGUGGUACUCCACGAGGAGGCCGAGGUGGUCGAGGAGGAGGAAGAGGAGGAGGAGGUGGUUCUUUCAAAGGAGGAAAGACUGUUAUAAUAGAACCGCAUCGUCACGAAGGAGUAUUCAUAGCUAGAGGAAAGGAAGAUGCAUUAGUGACUUUGAGCUUGGUGCCUGGUGUAGCAGUAUAUGGCGAGAAAAGAAUCAGCGUUGAGUCUGACAAACCUAGUGAAAAGGGUGAGAAAAUCGAAUACAGAGUAUGGAAUCCAUUCAGAUCUAAAUUAGCUGCUGCCAUUCUUGGAGGAGUAGAUAAUAUUUAUAUGCCCCGUGGAAACAAAAUAUUAUAUUUAGGUGCUGCAUCGGGUACAACUGUAUCUCAUGUUGCUGAUAUAAUUGGUCCAGAAGGAACUGUAUUUGCAGUAGAAUUUUCCCAUCGAACAGGAAGAGACUUAAUUGAUGUUGCUAAAAGAAGGAGUAACAUUAUACCUAUAGUCGAAGAUGCGAGACAUCCUCAUAAGUACAGAAUGCUUGUAGGAAUGGUAGACACUAUAUUCUCGGAUGUUGCACAACCAGAUCAGGCUAGAAUUGUUGCAUUAAACGCGCAGCAUUUCCUUAAGAACGGCGGACAUUUCGUCAUUUCUAUUAAAGCAAGUUGCAUAGAUUCAACUGCUCCGCCUGAAGCAGUGUUUGCGUCGGAAGUGAAAAAGUUAAUGGCUGACAACCUGAAACCACAAGAGCAAAUUACACUUGAACCAUACGAGAGAGAUCACGCUGUUGUGGUCGGCGUCUAUAGGCCGCCACUGAAAAAGGCUACCUAAAGUUAUGUACAUAGAUACGUAUAUAAAAUUCUUUAUUGAAAAUAA